GACGUAGAACGCCUGGGGUCCUUUUGACGUAGUUGUCCUACGCUGCCUGUUUCGGUCGGCGAUCUGGUUGGAGGUAUCGGCUUGACUCGGAGUGACUGUGAAUCAGAGGAAGCGGCGGCCCCGGAGCUCCCGGUGGGCCGAAGGAAGCCCGGGGCUUGGCUGGAGGAGAGGUAGCCGCUGGGCCGGCCGGUACAUAAAGGGAAAAGAACAUUGAUUAGCAAUAUAGUGAUUAAGGAGCGUAUUGGUUACUCUCAGCAUGGAUAAUAAGGAAGAAACUGACAGCAAAAACCAUUUUAGUGAUCCCAAAAAGGCCCCCCGAGACAGAUCUCUGCAUCAUUAUUCUAAGGAGGAGCUCUUGGAUAUUAAAGAACACCCACAUUCAAGACAGCGACCAUCUUGUUUGCUGGAUAAAUAUGACAGUGAUGGUGUUUGGGACCCUGAAAAGUGGCAUGCAUCCCUUUACCCAACCUCUGGACGCAGCUCUCCCAUAGAGGCUUUGAAAAAGGAGUCUGAUUCAGAGAGGACCUCUCUAAAACGAAGGAUUGCAGAUCCCAGGGAACGUGUGAAGGAAGAUGACUUGGAUGUGGUCCUUAGCCCGCAGAGGCGUAGCUUUGGGGGUGGAUGCCAUGUCACAGCUGCUGUCAACUCACGCCAAGCUGGUAGUACACUGGACAACAAGGAAAAUGAAAGCUUGCGUCUCAUGGGUGGCCGUAGAAUUGGUAGUGGAAGGUUAAUGUCUGGUAGAGGUUUUGACCGUGAUAUACGAGGGGGAGAAAAAGACAUGAGAGAACCUCGUGAGAAUCGAGAGCGAGAAAAGGAAUAUAAAGAAAAGAGAUUCAGGAGGGAAUUUGGUGAUGGCAAACGUAUAUUUGGUGAGCGACGGAGAAAUGAUUCUUACACAGAGGAGGAACCAGAAUGGUUCUCUGGGGGACCCACUAGCCAGUCUGAGACCAUUGAACUUACUGGUUUUGAUGAGAAAAUCCUAGAGGAAGACCAGAAGGGAAGGAAGCGGACUCGUAGACGCACAUUUCACAAAGAAGGAUUGGAAUGCAAUGGAACAGUACUGGAAGAAGAGACUGCUCUACCUCCUGAACAUACAACUGACCAGGAAGUGCCUCAAGAGCCAACUCUAACAGGCCCAAGGGAUUUUGACUUUGAUGAAUUCUUUAACCUGGAUAAAACUGUGCCAGGCCUGGCCUCGAUGAUUGAGGAUGUACUUGGAGAAGGAUCAGUGUCGGCCAGCAGAUUCAGCAGGUGGUUUUCUAAUCACAGUCAUUCAGGGAGUCGUUCCAGUAGUCUGAGAUCAACGCCUCACGAGGAGCUGGAGAGGCUAGCAGGCUUGGAACCAAUACUUUCAUCCCAUGGACAGAGCUCUGGGAAUUAUUUUGCUCCCAUCCAGUUUGAAGACCAUACUGACAAAGUGGAUAUCUUGGAGAUGUUGCAUAAAGCCAAAGUAGACUUAAAACCAUUACUGUCCAGUCUAACUGCAAAUAAAGAAAAGCUGAGAGAGAGCACACAUUCAGGGGUGGUUUUGUCUGUGGAAGAGGUUGAAGCUGGGCUCAAGGGGUUAAAAGUAGAACAAGAAGGAAAGAUUGCAACACCAUUCAUGGCUGAGCACUUAGAGGAGGCCCUGACUGCUAUGGCUGGACCAAGGAAACAUCGAUUGGAUGGAGACAUGUCUGCCUUCAAUAAACUUGUAAGCAGCAUGAAGGCAAGUGGGACUUUGCCUUCCCAACCCAAGGUCAAUCGAAAUCUUGAUGCUCACUUGAUGUCCUCAUCUGUUACGGGGAACUCUCUUCAACGUAACAUUUUGCAGGAGCUUCUUGGUCCCCCCAUAUCUGACCCAUCCUCCAAUGUGAUGAACAACCUGAUGGGCUCUCUAGAUGCUACAGCCUCUCUGAGACACAGAUCACCGUCUCCUCAAAUGCCUCAAGUGUUUCCCCCACGUGCCUCCUCUGCAGACUACCUUAGAAACAGGAUACCCUCUCCAUUGGGUUUUGCCACAGGACCUCAGCACCUACUCGGUGAGCAGUUCCCAACAGGUGUGCCCAAGUCUGACAGCCCUGUGAUGGCACAGGUAAACCCACUAGCACUGCAGCAGCCCUCUUUGGAGGGCUUACUACCACAUGAUCUUGCAAACUACUAUCAGCCAGUUUAUGGCAAAAUGCAGAUGGACAAAGGCAGAGAUGGCUUCCGUAGCCGACCUCCACAGAGGAUGAAUAAAUCCCCAGUGCCCAACUUACGAGGAAAACAAAUAUCACCAGGGCCAGGUGGCCCAGUCACUAGUAUGCUGUCUCCGUCUUUCACGCCUACCUCAGUAAUCCGUAAGAUGUAUGAAAGCAAAGAGAAGAGCAAAGAUGAAACAUCUAGCGGAAAGCAUGGCAACCGUGGAAAGGAAGAUAAUCUAGGGCUCCAUGAGGAUGGGGCUUUAACUAGUCCAAUAUUCGAGAACUCUAUCCAAGACUCCUCCCCCAUGGUGGGUGCAAAAUUUCCAACAACUUCACACUCUGCAGGCAACCCACCUCAUUCCCAGCAGAACCGUUUCACCAAAGACCAGGAUUACCGUCCAAAAACUACAGGAAGGAGGACACCCACUGUGGCAUCCCCUGUGCCUGGUUCAUCUUUUAUGCGUCCCCUUCACCAGAUGCCCGUUGUACCAGUUGUCAGGCCAUCCCACCAGUUGUACCCUGGAUUAGUUCAGAGGAUGCUAGCUCAAGGUGUUCCUCCGCAACACCUUUCUCUUUUACAAGCAGGACUUCUUCCUCCUGGAGUGGACUUAACUUCCUUGCACGCUCUUCCCCCAUCAGUGCUUGGACAACCUUUCUACCCCCUUCCAGCUGCAGGACACCCUCUUCUGAACCAACGGCCAUCAAACUCUCUCCAGCCUCAAAUGAUGCAGCAGCCUCUACAGCACUCUGGAUCCAGUCAAAAUUUCGCAGGCAUACACGCACAGUCACAAGGAUUGUCAAGCCGUCCUGGCCUACACAUGAUGGAGCAGCGUCCUCAGAGAACUACAUCACCAGUUGGAUUAGCAAAGUGGUUUGGAUCUGAUGUCUUGCAGCAGCCACUUCCGUCUAUGCCCGCUAAAGUGAUCAGUGUGGAUGAACUGGAAUACAGACAAUGAAGCAAAUCUGUGCAGACCUACUUCCUGUCACUAGGCUGUGAUCUUCAGAGUAUGAUGGGGCCUUUCCGAUACCUAAUGCACGUCUGCUCAACUCUUGUGUUUUUUUUUUUGUUUUGUUUUUUUUGUUUUUUUUAGAAUUUGGCCUGAACUGUGCAGGGUGUUCUCAAACUGCAGGAAAUUGGUAUCUCCUUACCUCCAUCUGAGUAUCACUGCAAACUGUUGGAGGAAACCACGUCUCACUCUGGAAGCCUUUUGAGUAAAAAGGCAAAUCUUUAUUUUUAUUUUUUUUCUAGGAUUGUGACAGAACUCUUGCCAAUGAACUUUUGUGUACAGACUUGUAUAAAGCGGCUUUUUUUUUUUUGUGUAUAUACUCACAAUUAGGUUUAGUUUUGUUUGCGUUUAGCUGUACAGAAGAGAAAGCUGAAUCUUGUGCUGUUUGUGCAACUUACCAAGUCUGAGCUCUCCCUUUAAUUUGUACAUGUUGCUUUACUUUCAAUUAAAAUGCAUACUCCAAUAGAG